GCUGAAAUUCUCUGGCAACCUGUGUAUCUGGAAUCUGUGUUGGUAGAGUCAGAUAGAAGGAUAUUAGGAGGCAGAAAACCCAGCCGUUUAUGCUGUCUUUAAACUUACAACAGGAGAGAUGAAGAGGAAAGACAAACAUGGGAAGAACAAGGAAGCUUGAGGUGUCACAAAACAGGGAGGGAGCAAUCAAGAAAUGAAAGAUCUAGGAAGGGACACGCAAGAGGAAGAAUGAGAGGUGGGGAGGCUUUCUGGAAACCGAUGCUGACGUCAAGGAGGUGAAAAAAGUGGUGGAACAGAAAAGAGGGAAGGAACGCAUGUAAAUUAUAGAGGCAGGAAAAGAGGCUUCAGAGAGAUUGAACUAUGGCUGGGAGUCUCUAUAACAGAAUGUCCCUAGAGGAGAUUGGAUCGAUCAGCUCUCUGGAGGGGCCAGGAGCAAUGCAGAGUCUUCUAGACACCUUGAGUGACAGCACCAGCUCCACCACAGCCAAUGACUUGGACCUCAUCUUCCUGAAAGGAAUCAUGGAGAGUCCAGUGUCUCGUGAACACUAUGAAGAGCCGAAGCUGGAGGCGGUGAGGGACAAUAAUGUGGAGUUAGUGCAGGACAUCCUGAGAGACCUCACCACCCUCACACCUCACAGUCAGGCGGCACAUGAGCUCGCAUGCAUCCUCAAAGAGCCACACUUUCAGUCUUUACUUGAAACUCAUGACUCUGUAGCUUCCAAAAGCUAUGAGACUCCUCCUCCCAGCCCUUGUGCGUUUAUGGACCCCGCGCUCAACAACCAGCCUGUGCCUCCUGAUGCAGUCAGGAUGGUGGGCAUCCGCAAAGUGUCUGGAGAGCACUUGGGCGUGACGUUUCGUGUAGAGGGUGGAGAGCUGGUGAUUGCUCGGAUCCUGCACGGGGGCAUGAUUGAUCAGCAGGGCCUGCUGCAUGUGGGUGACAUCAUCAAAGAAGUGAACGGAAAAGAGGUGGGGAGUGACCCGAAGGUUCUCCAGAACAUGCUGAAAGAAUCCAGUGGUAGCGUUGUCCUCAAAAUCCUCCCAAGUUACCAAGAACCACACACACCAAGACAGGCCUUUGUGAAGUGUCACUUUGACUAUGACCCCUCUCAUGACAACCUGAUACCUUGUAAAGAAGCUGGACUCAAAUUCAGCAGUGGAGACAUCCUUCAGAUCUUCAACCAGGAAGACCCUAACUGGUGGCAGGCGUGUCAUCUGGAAGGAGGCAGUGCAGGCCUGAUCCCCAGUCAGCUGCUAGAGGAGAAGAGAAAAGCAUUUGUUAAGAGAGACCUGGAGCUCUCAAGCACAGGGCCUCUGUGUGCAGGGAUUGGGGGUAAGAAGAAGAAGAAGAUGAUGUACUUGACCACCAAGAAUGCCGAGUUCGACCGACAUGAGUUGAGGAUCUACGAGGAAGUGGCCAAGGUGCCUCCGUUCCGCCGGAAGACGCUGGUUCUGAUUGGAGCACAGGGUGUGGGUCGCCGCAGCUUGAAAAAUAAACUUUUGGUGUCGGACCCGCACCGUUACGGAACCACAACACCUUAUACAUCUCGUAAACCCAAGGUGGAUGAGAAGGAAGGGCAGAUGUAUCUGUUUAUGUCUCGCAGCGAGAUGGAAACUGACAUCAAAUGUGGGCGUUUUCUUGAACAUGGAGAAUAUGACGGAAACCUGUAUGGCACCAAGAUCGACUCUAUUCAUGAGGUUGUGGACUCUGGCAAGAUUUGCAUUCUGGAUGUCAAUCCACAGGCACUCAAAGUUCUGCGAACAGCUGAGUUUCUUCCAUAUGUGGUGUUCAUCGAAGCCCCAAACUUUGAGGUUCUGAAAGACAUGAACAGAUCUGCCAUUGAGGCUGGUGUCGUGACUAAACAGCUGACGGACUCAGAGCUCAAACGGACAGUGGACGAAAGCGAAAGGAUCCAGAGGGCGUACAGUCACUAUUUUGACCUGAGCAUUGUGAAUGACAACCUGGACGGAGCCUACCGCAGCCUCAGGAGGGCGCUGGACAGACUCAACACAGACCACCAGUGGGUUCCUGUCAGCUGGGUCUUCUGAAAGCAGUUGGGCUCUUCGGUCUGCAUUUCUCACAGUGGCUAGAAGUCUAGUUAACUGCUGUAAUCUAUGUGAACUUGCCUGUUCUUUAGAUUUUUGCACAAAAAAAAAACAUGACAAUACAAAGCUAGUUUAUUAUUUUGUAAAGAAAUAAAGCUGAUCUGUAUAUCUGUAUUUGUUUUAAAGGAGUUCUGUACAGUGCUGUACGUUUGUUAUUCCUGUGAGAGUAGGGCUGUAUAUUUGUAUAGAAACUGUAGAAUAUGUUUUAGCACCCUACGUUACAAUGACGAUAUUCAGAAUCAUGUUGGAUGUAUCAAUGCUAUAUGAUUACGUAGUGUUUUGCAGGGAUCGUUUAGUUUUGAUGUAUUAAAAGCAGAAUCGAAGAGUGUUUUGGCGUGUCAUAUUCUCGUGCAUGUUCUGAUUUGUUUGCGUUCCCUCUUGUAACAUUUGUUAGUACCAAAACCAUUUCAGUUUAGAAAAGAACGACAGCCAAAUCUGUCAUGAAAUACAUCAUUUAAAACUGAUUGGUCUUUAUGCAUUAAAAAAGGUUUAAAGAUUAAAAUUUUACUAAUCCAAUCCAAGAAUUCUAGAAUGAUUCACUGUGACUGAUCACUCGCAGCAUUCUGUAGUCAUCUAUUUUUCUAUAAUGUUGGUAAACUGUAUAAUUGACCUUUGCUCUAGGAAAGUGAUUGCUGACAUGGCUGUACUAGUUUCACUGUGUCUCUCGUAUCACUCCACACUGUCUUCUCACGUAAUAAAACAAUAUGAACUAAAA